UGCAGCUUCUCUUUCCUUCCGCUCUAUGGCGGUGGCGGCCUGACUAGGAGCCGGAGUGGGAUGCGGCUGACGCGGAAGCGGCUCUGCUCGUUUCUUAUCGCUCUGUACUGCCUCUUCUCCCUCUACGCUGCCUACCACGUCUUCUUCGGGCGCCGCCGCCAGGCCCCGGCCGGGUCCCCGCGGGGCCUCAGGAAGGGGGCGGCCCCCGCAAGGGAGAGGCACGGUCGAGAACAGUCCACUUUGGGAAGUGAAGAGUGGAAUCCUUGGGAAGGAGAUGAAAAAAAUGAGCAACAACACAGAUUUAAAACUAGCCUUCAAAUAUUAAAUAAAUCCACGAAAGGAAAAACAGACCUCAAUGUACAAAUCUGGGGCAAAGCUGCCAUUGUCCAAGCUGGCAGUGUUUCUGCUCACAUAACAUUCUGAAGAACCUUGUGGGCCUCCUGUGUAUGUCACAGGAUUCACUCCAUUAGAUGGGAAGCUCAUCUACAGAUCAUUUCUGAGUAAUCCCAUCUUCAUUCCUGGCUUCUGCUGAGAUGGCUGAGGAAACCUGAUUAUAUCUCUGGGAGCAUAUUUUUGAAGGCUUACUUGAUCCCAACGAUGUGACUGCUCAAUGGAGAGAAGGAAAGUCAAUUGUAGGAAGAACGCAAUACAGCUUCAUCACUGGUCCAGCUGUAAUACCAGGAUACUUCUCCGUUGACGUGAAUAAUUUGGUACUCAUUUUAAAUGGAAGAGAAAAAGCAAAGAUCUUUUAUGCCACCCAGUGGUUACUUUAUGCACAAAAUUUAGUGCAAAUUCAAAAACUCCAGCAUCUCGCUGUUGUUUUGCUUGGAAAUGAACAUUGUAAUAAUGAGUGGAUAAAUCCAUUCCUCAAAAGAAAUGGAGGCUUCGUGGAGCUGCUUUUCAUAACAUAUGACAGCCCCUGGAUUAAUGACGUGGAUGUUUUUCAGUGGCCUUUAGGAGUAGCAACAUAUAGGAAUUUUCCUGUGGUGGAGGCAAGUUGGUCAAUGCUGCAUGAUCAGAGGCCAUAUUUAUGUAAUUUCUUAGGAACGAUUUAUGAAAAUUCAUCCAGACAGGCACUAAUGAAUAUUUUGAAAAAAGAUGGGAACGAUAAACUUUGUUGGGUUUCACCAAGAGAACAGUGGCAGCCUCAGGAAACAAAUGAAAGUCUUAAGAAUUACCAAGAUGCCUUGCUUCAGAGUGAUCUCACAUUGUGCCCUGUCGGAGUAAACACAGAAUGCUAUCGAAUCUAUGAGGCUUGUUCCUAUGGCUCCAUUCCUGUGGUGGAAGACGUGAUGACAGCUGGCAGCUGUGGAAACACAUCUGUCCACCACAGUGCUCCUCUGCAGUUACUGAAGUCCAUGGGUGCUCCCUUUAUUUUUAUCAAGAACUGGAAGGAACUUCCUGCUGUUUUAGAAAAAGAGAAAACUAUAAUUUUACAAGAAAAAAUUGAAAGAAGAAAAAUGUUACUUCAGUGGUAUCAGCACUUCAAGACAGAGCUUAAAAUGAAAUUUACUAAUAUUUUAGAAAGUUCAUUUUUAAUGAAUAGUAAAAGUUAACUUAAAUAUCUUUUUGACCUAA